AAAAGUUUGAAAAUAGGCACCAGGGCAUCACUGGGUGUUGAGUCAGAUCCCAAAAUAAUAUUUUGAUAAGUCAUGUUUGGAAGAGUGAUAUUGUUUUGUGUUAAAAGAGUCGAGGCGUUGUGAUACCCUCAAAUAUAUAUCCCGGGUCAUUCAUUCAGGUUGCGGCAGACAACAAUUAUUUGAACAAAGAGACAUUGGAUGGUCGAAAAACGACACACGCCACUACUAUUGUUCUUUUUCAAAGGAAGCAGUUCGGGCCACGCCCAGAACCAACGACUUUCUCAGUCAAUUCAAUGGAAUAAGUACAUCAACUGCAAGAAAAAUAAGACCAAUCUUGCAGCCUUUCUUGGCGAACAGCUUUGCGAAAAGGGAAAGCGGGAGCUGAAGGGUGAGGAUAAAAUCGUGAUCAUGACCCGACAGCUGCAGUGGCAGUAAGAGAGGGAGAGAUAGAAACGCUGCACCAGCUCUACAGCAACCACGAGGAAGCAGAUACAAGAAUCUUACUGCACGCUGCACACGCCUCACAGGAAAUGACAAGAGUCGUCAUCCAGUCCCCCGACACUGAUGCCACUAUUCUGGCAAUACACGUGUUUGAACGCAAAGGCUGCCGGGAGUUGUGGUUUAAGACGGGAUACAAGGACAGGGUCCGCUUUAUUCCUAUACACGAUGCAGCAAGAAAGCUCGGACCAAAGGUGUGCGCAGCCAUCCCAGGACUUCAUGCAUUGAACGGAUGUGACACGACGAGUGGGCUUGCAAAUAUCGGCAAGACGAAGCCUUGGGAUACACUCAUGGCAAAUACUUACUCCAAGGCGCACCUCGAGACACUUGGAAGUGUAAUACCUCUACAUGAAGACACAAUCAAGUCAGCAGAGUGUUUCGUCUGCUCUUUGUACACAACAUCUACGAAAGCAGGAAUGACGGCUGACAAAAUUCGGUACUGGAUGUUCUGCCAAAAACACCAAAGUAUAAGUGACCGCUUUCCCCCACCAGUGACAGCCUCAAGCUACACAUAA